UUCAACUAACAAUUAUAUACUAAUUAUUCAACUUACAAUUAUAUACUAAUUAAUAUACUAACAAUUGAAUUUAAAAUAAAUAUAAUAAAUAUUUUCUUAAUUAAACCGAACCAGUCAAGACCUAGUCCGACAAGUCGAGGUGGACGGCAUCCAAGUAUCGGGCCAGGUCCAACGCCGACAAGGAGACGGAGAAAAAAAAUAAAAAAAUACCUUUCGACGGCGGCGACGACUGCUACAGCGGCGAGAGGGAGCUCGAGUGGAUUGGAUCUCGGGAGGUCGGCAACGGCUGUGGUCUGUGGCUGGCGGCGGAGGUUGCAAGGUGGCUGGCGGCGGUUGUGGCUGGCGGAGGUCGAGGCUGGUGACGGAGGUCGAGGCUCGCCGGCCGGAGGGAGCAGCGGCGGUUGGAGGUUUUUGGAUAGAGGUGAGGGGUUGGGUUGGGUUGGAUUUGAUUUGGGGUAGAUAGGUUUAGGGUUUUAAAUUAGAGCAGGGACAAAUUCGUCAUUUUUUGUAACUAUAGGCGACAAAUAGUAAAACUACGGGCGGCAAAUAGCUAUUUUUUUUCCUAUUGUCCAAUGGACUAAUUUUAAUUUAUUUAUCAGAUACUCACAACAAUAGAAAAGUUUUGAGUAUGUUUGUGUUGGUUUGUUACUUUGUUGCAUGCAUGUGCACUCUUUUUCUUUUCUCCUCCUCCCUGCAAAUUCCGUCCAAUCUUAUUAACAUGUUUCCCAAUUAUAAAAGAAAAAAGAAAGAGCUUUUUUUUUUUUUUUUUGUUGGGAUCCCCAUUAUUGUUUUGUUUUUCCAUCUUUUCGUUUCUUCUCCUCCAAUUAAAACAAGGGAGGGAAAACGGACCCAAAAAGGUUCCGUUUUCAUUUUAUGGCCUCUGUUUCUCAAUUUGGCCCGAAACCCCGAUGCUAAUCAGAUUCUUCUGAGAUUUUGCUUUCCUUCCUUCCUUCCUGCCUGAGUUUAUUCAUGGCUUCCUUUGUUCUUCAUGGAGGUAAUAAUCCAAUAGAAAAGAAGAAGAUAAAAACAUGGAAGUCUGUUUUUUGUAUUUCUGUUUUUCCCUUGUUUCUAACUUUAGCCUCUGCAAUUUUUUUUAUGGCGCAGGCCUAUAAUCUAGGAUGUGGCAGAGCUCAGAAUCGGAAAUGGGAAGUCGGAAUCAAGCUCCAGGAAUCUAAGGUUUUGGUCUUCUCAGAACAAUUACUAAUGGAGAUGAUCAAAGAUGCAGACUUUGAUCUGGGUUUUCUCAGGAAGGCUGAGCUUGUAAAUGUUUGCUAGAAGAUAUCUAUAUCUAUAUAGAAACAGAGUAAACCCAAAACCCAGAAAGCAAAAGGGUUUUUCUUUUUUAUCAGUAUGGAUGAAACUCCGACGAGCUCGCCGGCUGUGACCAUGCAGCACACGCCGGCGCGGAGGAAGAAGAUUGCGAAGCAGCUGACGGGGAAGAAAGGAGACACUUCGCUGCAUUCCGCGGCAAGGAGCGGGAACAUGGCUGCCGUAGUGGAAAUCCUAUCCGGGAGCGACGAGGAGGAAUUGAGGGAGGUUUUGGUGGUUCAGAACCAGUCCGGCGAGACCCCCCUCUACGUGGCGGCCGAGUACGGGUACGUUGACCUGGUCAGGGAGAUGAUCCAGUACUGCGACGUCGCCGACGCUGGAAUCAAGGCCAAGAAUGGAUUGGACGCCUUCCACAUUGCCGCCAAGCAAUCGGAUAUAGAUGUUUUGAGGGUGCUGAUGGAGGCUCAUCCAGAGCUAGCAAUGACAGUAGAUCUGUCAAACACGACGGCGUUGCACACGGCGGCGAUGCAAGGCCACAUCGAGAUAGUCAACUUUCUUCUGGAAGCUGGGAGCAGCAUAGCCACCAUUGCCAGGAGCAACGGCAAGACAGCCCUGCAUUCCGCUGCCAGAAACGGACACGUCGCGGUGGUAAGGGCACUGGUUUCGGCGGAGCCAGCGAUCGCAACAAGGACGGACAGAAAGGGCCAGACGGCGCUUCACAUGGCCGUCAAAGGCCAGAACGUUGCCGUCGUGGAGGAGCUGAUCAAGGCUUCACCUGAGAUUUUGAACUUGCUCGACAACAAAGGCAACACUCCUUUGCAUAUCGCUAGCCGAAAAGGCAGAGCACCGAUAGUGAAAUUGUUGCUCCAACACAAUGAAUUGGACACGAAAGCGGUGAACAGAAUGGCGGAGACGGCGCUCGACACGGCGGAGAAGAUGGGUCAAGACGAGGUGAAAGCCAUACUCGAAGAACACGGCGUUGAGAGCGCAAAAAACCUCAAUCCGCAGAACCGAAACCCGGCCCGAGAACUGAAACAGACGGUGAGCGAAAUCAAGCACGAGGUUCACUACCAGCUCGAGCACACCCGACAAACCCGAAAGCGGGUUCAGGGGAUCGCGAAGCGACUGAACAAAAUGCACGCCGAGGGCCUCAACAACGCCAUCAACUCCACCACCGUCGUCGCGGUCCUGAUCGCCACUGUGGCCUUCGCCGCGAUCUUCACCGUCCCAGGCCAGUACGCCAGUGACCCGACCCAGAUGCUCCCCGGCCAGACCCCGGGCGAGGCCAACAUUGCACAUCGGGCACCCUUCAUGGUGUUCUUCCUCUUCGACUCUGUCGCGCUGUUCAUAUCGCUGGCGGUGGUGGUGGUGCAGACGUCCGUGGUGGUGAUCGAGAGCAAGGCGAAGAAGCGGAUGAUGGCGGUGAUCAACAAGCUGAUGUGGAUCGCCUGCGUCCUGAUCUCGGUGGCGUUCCUUGCGCUGUCGUUCGUGGUGGUCGGCGAGAGCGAGAUGUGGCUAGCGGUUACCGUGGCGAUCAUUGGGACGGUGAUAAUGGCGACAACACUCGGCACGAUGUGCUAUUGGGUGAUUAAGCACCGGAUUGAGCUGUCCAAUCUGAGAAGCAUUCGCCGAAAUUCUAUGAACAGUCGGUCUCUAUCGUUUUCGGCUUCGUAUAUGUCGGAUUCCGAACUGCUUAAUAACGAGUUCAAAAACAUGUAUGCCAUUUAGAAUUUGCUCAUCUUUUUUUUACUUACACUUCUUGUAUAUUUUUGUCACCAAACUAAGCCGUAGAAAUAUCGAUGUAACCGCUAACCGGCCGAUUGGAGCAAUCUUCAGCUUUAUAAACGAUGACUUGUUCG